CCUCCGAGGAUCGCUGCGGGCUUCCUGCUUCCCAGAAGCGGGGAUCCCACACCCCAGCCACCCCCACGCCACCCCCGGGCCCCCGCCUCGCCCUCCCCGCCCCAGCCCCCGGGGCUGGUGGGCGUGGACUCGAAUCCAUGCUAAUGGGCCGCGCGGCGGGCGGGGCGGCGAGCCCGCGCCCCUGACAGCCCGGCCGCGGGAGGAGCCCCGGCCCCGGGAGCCCGACGGCCGCGCCUCCCCGCCCCGCCGGGGACCGGGCCGGUGCGCUGGCCCAUGCUGGUCCCCGCCUUUGUUCUCCGGCCGGAGCGGAGCCAUGCGCGGCUGACGAUGGAAGUGGAGGACUCGGGCGGCGUGGUGCUCACCGCCUACCACUCGUACGCGCGCCCCCCGCCGCCCAGCCCCGAGCCGCGCUGCGCACCCCGGGCGACCGCCAGCCUCCCCGGCAGCAGAAAGUCCAUCCCUCGCUGCCGAAGAAUCAACAGGAUGCUCUCCAAUGAGUCCCUUCAGUCCCCGGCGUUCAGCCGCUCCAACUCUCAAGCCUCCGUAGACAGUGCCUCCAUGGAGGAUUUCUGGCGGGAAAUAGAAAGCAUCAAAGAGAACAGCCUGGGGGCCCAGGAGGAACAGACGCCUGCCGAGGCCAAGCCCCUGGAUGAAGGAGAACUUGAAGCGGAGUGGUUGCAAGACGUGGGUUUAUCAACCCUGAUCUCGGGUGAUGAGGAGGAAGAUGGCAAAGCCUUGCUCUCUACUUUGACUCGAACCCAGGCAGCUGCAGUGAAGAAGAGAUACAAUACUUACACACAAACCUUGAGAAAAAAGAACAAGCAAUCUGUCAGGGAUGUCAGAGACAUCUUCGGAGCCAGCGAAUCUCCUCCAGAUGAUUUUUGUUGUGUCCCAGCUCCUCUUCUGGAUGUGGGCCCGGAUGAAGGAAGGAUGCCAACGGUCCCCUGCAGAAAUGGUCAGCUGCCAGGUGAUACCUGUGACAGCCAUGCUAGCGAGCUGGAUGACGCCCAGGAGGGAAAAGCGCUGCCAGGAAUCAUCAAAGCGAGCGGCCCCUUGCCGGAUGGUGCUUCUCUCAACAGUAGUACCCUGUCAGAUGGGUCUCAGGAUGAAGAAUGGAGUUUUGCUGUUCCCAGGAGUGGCUCCAUGUCCAUCCUGGAGGCCAUUCCAGACGUGCCAGUUCAUUCCAACGGCGCGGCAGACCCUGGACGGUCCGCGCAGAACGUGGCAAGUGAUGAUGAAUAUCUGGAAAAAAACAUUCCGGUAGAAGCUGAAGAGCUGUCCUUUGAAGUAUCAUAUUCAGAAAAGCUAACACAGGCUCCAAAAAGGAACAGAUUUAAGAAGUUAGAUUUUAAGAAAGAAGACUAUGUUUUACCUAAAUUUGUUGUUCAGAAAACCAGAUUUGGCCUAACCAAAGCAGAAGAUCUGUCUGCUGAAGACAUGAAGAAAAUCCGCCAUCUCUCUCUGAUUGAAUUGACAGCCUUUUUUGACGCCUUUCGAAUUCAGCUGAAAAGAAACAAAACAGAGAAAGUAAAAGGACGAGACAGUGGGAUUUUUGGAGUUCCCCUCACAGUCCUGCUGGAAAAUGACCGAAGGAAAGACUCUGGGGUCAAAGUUCCCCUUGUGUUACAAAAGUUCUUUGAGAAAGUCGAGGAAUCGGGUCUGGAAUCCGAAGGGAUCUUUCGACUUUCAGGAUGUACUGCCAAAGUCAAGCAAUACCGUGAAGAACUGGAUGCCAGGUUUAAUGCUGACAAGUUUAAGUGGGAGAAAAUGUGCCAUAGAGAAGCUGCAGUUAUGCUGAAAGCCUUUUUCAGAGAAUUGCCGACCUCUCUCUUUCCCGUGGAAUAUAUACCUGCCUUCAUCACUCUAAUGGAAAGAGGACCUCACAUCCGAGUACAGUUUCAAGCCUUACACCUCAUGGUCAUGGCACUGCCUGAUGCCAACAGGGACACAGCCCAGGAGUUCAACCUUCUUGGUGAAUUUCAGAAAGUUCUGAUAGGCAUUUAUGUGUUGGUGGUCCAGCCAAACUUUUAUCAACCAGUCGAGCCUGCAGCAAGCCUUUUGCCUUUCCUGACACCCAUUCCUGUUCUCCGGAGGAAGCCAGGAAAGAAUGCCCUCAUGACAUUCUUCAAUAAAGUCAUUGCCAAUGAAUCAAAAAACCGCAUGAGUAUAUGGAACAUUUCUACCAUCAUGGCACCAAAUCUUUUCUUCAGUAGAAGCAAACAUUCUGACUGUGAAGAAUUACUCUUAGCAAACACGGCUGCCCACAUCAUCCGUCUGAUGCUCAAGUACCAGGAGAUGUUGUGGACGGUUCCGUCUUUCUUAAUUGCUCAAGUCAGAAGAAUGAAUGAAGCCACCAUGUUGUUAAAGAAGCCACUCCCAAGUGUCAAAAAGCUGCUAAGGAGGAAGACCAUAGAACGAGGGGUUACAAGCCCCAAGACAUCAAAGGUACUGCAAAAAUCACCCUCUACAAGAAGAAUGUCCGACGUGCCAGAGGGCGUCAUAAGGGUCCACGCGCCCCUUCUCUCCAAGGUGUCCAUGGCCAUUCAACUCAACGGUCAAACCAAAGUCAGAGACAUACUGGCAAAAUUUCAAUGUGAGAACAGUCAUGGUUCAUCGGAAUGCAUGAAGAUCCAGAACCAAAGGUUAUAUGAAAUUGGAGGCAAUAUAGGACAGCACUGCUUGGAUCCGGAUGCUUAUAUACUGGAUGUAUAUCAUGUGAAUCCCCAGGCAGAAUGGGUGAUUAAACCCCAACAGAAUGUUUGAAAUCACCCCCCAAGAUGGCAGCUACCAUGUAUUACACGCCAAGGAGUCCUACAUUUAGUAGGGAAAAAACAUGUUUGUCCCUAGACCCUCUCGGUGUUUCUCAGCCCAACUGGUGUCUCCCGGAAUUGUCAGCAUGAAUCGUGGAAGAGAAGCUGGUUGACCAUCUGAGCUGAAGCCGUCUCAUGGUGGUUCCUUGGUAAGAGUGAAGGAAAGAGGGUGAGAUCCUUCCAGAAGAAAGGCCAGCAUAGAAUAUGGAGCUCUCAUCAUUUCUGAUACUUUGACUCACAACAGAAAUGAGCUUGGUCCUUAUACCUGGGGAUAAGAGGCACUUCUCGACCUGGCAAAUGCUGCCAAACACAAGAGGUGGAAGAGACUUUUUUAUACCUAUGUUUUAUAUAUAUAUAUAUAUAUAUAUUGACCUUUUUGAACAAGAAUGCCAGAAAAAAACAAAAACUUCUUCUCUGAACAGUAAUUUAGAUCUCCUUUCCAAAGAGACUCUGUUUCCAAAGUCACACAUACAAUAUUUAUGCUCUGACUUGCUCCUGAAUUGGAGGAGGAGGAACUUCUGUUUAAAGACCACUGUAUUGUUACGUAUGUUGUACUGUGUUGUGACUGUCUGCUUUCUGGUGCAAGUGAACACUUCCCCAUCAUGGACUGUUGAAAACGGAUACUUUUAAAGCUUACUCUGUUACGAGCACAUGGUUAAGGUCAGGUUUACAAAGGCUUUUCUUGUGCUUCCAUAACCUUCAGUGUAGUCAGCAGUCCUGGAGCUUCUGUUUCUCAUCAUCAUGAUGGUGCUCAGUGAAUAGCUCUCCAUGUGCCAGGCCCAGAUUGUCUUUCCUCCCCAAAUGGAUCAUUUUUUAAGUUUCAUGACUGUAGAUAAUCACUUCUGCAGCCCCAGUGUUCAAAUGCAGAACUGCCUUCAUCCAACUGCUCUUUAUCCAAGAGUGCUGAAAAAUACCAUUCUAUCCAGACUUCCUACGCUGUAAAAACAGAUUUUGUUUGUGUUCAUCCAUCAUAGACUUGGCCAGGCCCCGUGGAUUAGCAUCAGGCUUUAGAAUCAGAUGCAUGUUGGGUGACCUGAAAACUGCCUCGCUCCCAGAAGCCCACGAAGCCAUUUUUCCAGGCCUGGAGUUGGUGAGAAAGCACAGUUCUCCACAAUUCUGAGAGCAGAUCUGACAUGUGCUGAGAGGUCAGGGAGCCCUGCCUUUCCUCUGGGGACUGCAGCAUAUAGAAACAGGGAUAGAGGUCUCAGUUAUCCCACAUGUGUGCUUUGGAUUAGAAUCUACAGCUUGAGAUUUUGACGAGCUUAUGUGAGUUUUAAUGAAAUUUAACAUCUAAAUGACUCUCCCUUGCAGUUCAAACAAUAGACAAAGUUG